GGGUUGCGGGGCGAGGCGGCCUCGGCGCCCUGUGCCUGCUGGGCUGCCUUACAGCUUCUCGCCGUAGCUCAGCUGUCCUUCGUCAUCCCUCGUGCUCUUGAGUGUGAAAAUGAGACUGGAGCCUUCGGGUGGUGGUGGUGACCGCACCACUGAGGGACGAAGGCUGGUCUGUCACGUGAAGUAUUCAUCAUCAGUUGAAAUGUCUUCUAGCAAAACUCCGAAUGAAAAUGAAACGCCCAAAGAGAGAAAUCCAGGACUGAGGGCUGCCCGGACAACCACUCUGUUCCGAGCUGUGAACCCGGAGCUUUUCAUUAGACCCAACAAACCUGUGAUGGCAUUUGGACUCGUAGCAAUUACCCUCUGCGUGGCCUACCUUGGUUAUUUGCAUGCGACAGUAGAGAAUAAAAAGGAUCUCUAUGAAGCGGUUGACAGUGAGGGGUCCAGAUAUACAAGGAGAAAAACUUCCAAGUGGGACUGAUGACAUAAGGAAGGAAAUAAGCUAAUCAGCCGCAGAACUUCUCAAAGCUGAAAACUAUUUUUCCUCUGUCUGUUAAAAUCAUGGUUAAGUCUCUCUUGUGCCUUUUAAUCCAGUAUAAGUUCCAUUAUAAAAUAGCAUGGCUGUACAAAUAAAUUGUAAUUAAGAUACAUACAAACAUAAAA